GGGGCUAGGUUCCGGAAUUCAAGAUGGAGUCGUUGAGUCGAGCUGGGCAAGAGAUGAGCCUAGCGGCCUUGAAGCAACACGACCCCUACAUCACCAGCAUCGCAGACCUCACGGGCCAGGUCGCACUGUACACCUUCUGUCCCAAGGCCAACCAGUGGGAGAAGACUGAUAUAGAAGGGACCUUAUUUGUAUAUCGAAGGUCAGCUUCACCUUACCAUGGUUUUACCAUUGUGAAUCGACUGAAUAUGCACAAUCUAGUUGAACCAGUGAAUAAAGACUUGGAAUUUCAGCUCCAUGAACCAUUUCUUCUAUAUAGAAAUGCAAGCUUGUCAAUAUACAGUAUCUGGUUUUAUGACAAGAAUGACUGUCACCGCAUAGCCAAACUCAUGGCCGAGUAAGUAUUUCUGUUUACACCAUAGAUUUAAUUAGU